AUGGAAAGAGGGGGAGGAGGCGGUGGUGGUGGAGGUGGUUUUGGCCUUGGAAAUUUACCAAACAAUCCCUCCAUAUACCAACCAACUCCACCAUUAACAGCUUUGGACAGGUUCUUAUGGGGCCGAAGCCAUUUCUCACCGCAACAGUCUCAAAGUAAUGUUAAGACCAAUGAAACACCUGUUUCAACAAAUGGGUUGUAUGAUUUUACUCCAUCGACUGGUGCAAUUGCUGGUGUUCCAUUGCCGCGUUUUCAAGAGAUAAAUUUCGUCGAUGCUCUUUUCUUUGACGGAGAUAAUCUCAAUUGCAUAUACGAGAGAAACCUCAAUGCGGGUUUAGAUGAAGAAGUGAAGGUUUCAGCAAGGAUUUCUAAAGGGCAAGCAAAGAAAUCCAAGACAGGGUCUUGUGUAACUUUGAUCAAGGGGCAGUGGACAGAAGAAGAAGACAGGAAACUAAUUAAGCUGGUGAAGCAAUUUGGAGUCAGAAAAUGGGCUCAGAUAGCUGAGAAGCUGGCUGGUAGAGCUGGAAAGCAGUGUCGUGAGAGGUGGCACAAUCAUUUAAGGCCUGAUAUCAAGAAAGAGAGCUGGAGUGAAGAAGAGGAGAAGAUUUUGGUAGAAGCUCAUUCCAAGAUAGGGAACCGAUGGGCAGAGAUCGCAAAACUAAUCCCUGGAAGAACUGAAAACUCUAUAAAGAACCAUUGGAACGCUACAAAAAGAAGGCAAAACUCAAGGAGAAAGAACAAGCAAACAGAAAAUCAUAUUGAAAAACCUCAAUCUUCAAUUCUUCAAGACUACAUUAGAAGCAAAGACCUCAAAAACACUUCUGUUACUAAUGGUACUACAAAUGUAACUACCCCUUCACAUAGCUCAAUUACAACCACCAAUACACCCUCAAGCUCCACCACAUCAGAUGACCCAUCAAGCCAAUUCAACUACUUUCUCUCUGAAUUAUCUGAACCAACUCUAGACGAUUCUCCCCCAUUGAUUACUGAAACAUACAAUGAUGAGCUUCUAUUCUUGCAAGAUUUUUUUACCAACAGUUCUAUGAAGCCUUUAUUAGAAAAUGUUUCAACCAAUACUUCGAUGGAAACGGAAACCAGCCAUAAUGUCGAUCUUCACCCCAAGAAUGCAUCGGUAUUGGACUCUUUUGGUUUAUAUCAAGACAAUGGUGAUCAGCAGCUCAUUGAAACAAGUGAUCAAUGUAGCUUCUUUACUUCAACAUUGACGUCUCCAAAGACGUGCUCAGAGAGUCUCCAAGCAGAAGAGAGACCUUCUGGCCACCUCUAUUCGGAUCUUUAUCUCUCUUACCUACUGGAUGGAGGAAGCUCAUGUUCGUCUUCCAUUGAUUAUGGAUAUGAUAAUAUCAUGAACAUGGAGCUGGUGAUGGAUCAAAAUUUUACAAAUGGAAAGAAAGAUAUGGAUUUGAUUGAGAUGGUUUCUUCUUCUCAGUUCUUUCAGGGUAAAUAGCUGCAGUAGUUUGUAAUGCAACCUGUGGCCAGAUUGUUAGGUUAAAUUUCAUAAGGGUUUUGUUGGUUGUUGUUGAACUUGUGGGGCGUUAAUGGUGAGAGGUCAGGCUAGGCAUGUGAGAUACAAUAGAAGGUGUUAAGAAUAAGGGAAGUUUGUUGUGGGGUGGGCAAGUGAGAAGCGUUUCUGGAUUUUAUGGUUGUAUUAUAAUGGUGUGCA